CUUCAUGUUUGUCUGCUCUGUCGUUCCAGCUCAAGAUAUUACCUUUGCGAGAGAUCCAUAUGAAAUUCACAGCACGUACAUGAAACCGGAGAUUCAUAUUAUGUUUAAUGAAAUUCUUGUGAGACAUGAAGCUGCAUUGAUCGCAAUUGGAGCGGAUUGUUAUAUUACUGUCCCGAUGGGUUUCUCGGAAACAAUUGACAGUAAACUACAUGCCUUUUUACAAGCUCAUCUUCUACGCAAUGAGAAUGUCACUUGUUAUACGAACAGGAUCGGUCUACUCAACAAGGAGGGAGCAGUUAAUCACGUACUGUCAUGCUAUUAAGUUAGACACAUGGCAGCUGUAGUGUCAUCGACAUGGUAGAUAGGUCUCUCUCUGGUUCAGUUGGGUUGUGCCGUGCGUAGGUCAAAAUAUGCAAAGAAGGAAAAAAGGGUAAGAAUUAAGAUAAUAAUAAAAGUUGAAAAGCCAAAAAGCGAAUGAAAAGAGAAAAAGGGAAACGAAAGCUUUAUUGACAAAAUUCUGUUCCAUUUCACAAUUUCCAAUUUUCUGUAUUUUGUAUAUAUAUAUAUAUAAAAUCAAAUAAAACAGAUAUCAAAUGUGGGUGCUCGCUCUUAUUCGAUUUGUCCUUUUUGUUUUUGGCUUUCCAAAUUCCAAUUGGAGGAGGAUAUUAAAAGAGAGGAGGAAUGUGAGAAGCGCAGAAAGAUAAAGAAGCAGCAGAAGCAAGCAGCAGCUGGCAGCUGCCCACCCCCACCCCCACCCCAAAGCAAAAGCGCAAAAGCUGAAAGAAAGCGCCUUUGAGGAGGAAUGGCAACACCCUUGCCCUUGAGGCUCUUCCAGCCUCUCACCUCCAUUACUCCCUAUCCUUCUUCUUCACACUUCCCCUGCAAGUCCUUCAAAUCCUUUCACUCUGCAAGCCCUAAUUUCAAUCUUUCUUCUCUCUCAUCUCACAACCACUCAUGUACUCGACAAAGGACAACCACUCGCUCCGAACGGAAGUGGCUUUGCGGACACUUGAGAAGAGAUCAAGAUAUAGAUAGUCGAUCCAAUGAAGACGCCACUGGUGCGAGUAUGUUUGGUUCCGAUGAGGAAGUAGGCACCCAAAUCCCAACCCAGGCUCAAUCUGUUGUCGAAGGAUCAGGGGCAGUUAUGGUUUCAGAGUUUAGACCAGUGGCCGAUGUCGAUUAUCUACAGGAGUUAUUAGCCAUUCAGCAACAAGGACCCAGAGCAAUUGGUUUCUUUGGGACCCGGAAUAUGGGAUUCAUGCAUCAAGAACUUAUUGAGAUUCUCAGCUAUGCAAUGGUUAUCACUAAAAAUCACAUAUAUACAUCAGGGGCAUCCGGCACUAAUGCAGCUGUCAUCAGGGGUGCUUUAAGAGCAGAGAAACCAGAGCUGCUUACCGUAAUCUUGCCCCAGAGUUUGAAGAAGCAACCACCUGAGAGCCAGGAAUUAUUGUCAAAAGUCAAGAAUGUGAUAGAAAAGCCUCAAAAUGAUCAUCUACCACUGAUAGAAGCGAGCAGGUUGUGCAACAUGAACAUCAUUUCACAUGUACAGCAAGUUAUAUGCUUUGCGUUUCACGACAGUAGAUUGCUCAUGGAAACUUGUCAAGAGGCCAAAAAUCUCCGCAAAAUUGUGACUCUCUUCUACCUGGAUUGAACACCCCCUUCCCCUGUUCAUGCUGUCCAUACAUUUUGAGUGAGAGAGAGGGAGUGAGAGCGCCUUAUAUUUUUGUUUGUAUAAAAUUAGAUGGAAGCGACCGAACCACAUGCCUUUGUAGAAUGAAAUAGUGAGGGAGUUAAUUAUUUUGUUCAUUCCGUGAUUGGAAGAGGUGUAUUCUGUUUAGCAUAUAUAUUUUUUUUAGAUAAAUUACACAAAAUUACCUCAA